AGCACAUCUGCGUUCCAACAGGACAUCAUUCAUGAUCCCGGCCGAGGCGCUCCCCUUGCCAAGAUUGCCUUCCGUGACCCGUACCGGUUUAAGAAAAGAACCGAGCUUUUCAUUGCUGCCGAGGGUAUCCAUACUGGUCAGUUUGUUUACUGCGGCAAGAAAGCUCAGCUGAACAUUGGCAAUGUUCUACCUGUUGGCACCAUGCCGGAAGGCACCAUCGUGUGCUGCCUCGAGGAGAAACCGGGUGACCGUGGAAAGCUGGCCCGUGCUUCUGGAAACUAUGCCACCGUCAUCUCUCAUAACCCUGAAACAAAGAAGACCAGAGUGAAGCUGCCUUCUGGCUCCAAGAAGGUGAUUUCUUCUGCAAACAGAGCCGUUGUUGGAAUUGUUGCUGGCGGAGGUCGCAUCGACAAGCCCAUCCUGAAGGCUGGCCGUGCCUAUCACAAAUACAAGGCGAAGAGAAACUGCUGGCCACGUGUCCGUGGUGUGGCCAUGAACCCUGUAGAACAUCCCUUCGGUGGUGGCAACCAUCAGCACAUCGGCAAGCCGUCAACCAUCAGGAGAGAUGCUCCUGCUGGGCGCAAAGUCGGUCUCAUUGCUGCCCGUCGUACGGGUAGGCUGCGCGGAACAAAGACUGUGCAGGAAAAGGAGAACUGAAGACCCAGUAUGGAGUUCACAGAAUAAACUUUUAAGACACA